AUGGCUUGCUCUGCUUUUUUUGGCGCUUACUUGUGUUUUCAUCUCAGCUCUCGCGUUCUUGUGUCUAUUGAAAAGAGCCCGAGUGGCCCAUUCUUGACGAUAGCCUAUUUGCAAAACAAGGUGCACUCCUUUCUGGCGAUGAACGAGAUAACGCCGUCAAAGAGGCUUUGGCCUACGCCAAAUGAAGAGGUACCUGUGACGGCAUUUGAAGUCUUACAGUACACUAUUUAUGUGAUUCAGUACAUGCACGCGUGGAUAUGGCUUCCUACAGCUAGUAGUAGUGCUGUCUCGAACGUCCUUCGUUUGCUAGGCUCAAACUCUCCGUCAGAGCUUUUGCCGGCAAAGGUUGCUAAAUCCGGUACAUUGUAA